AUGAGCCUGUCGGCAGCCGUUGCGAUUUCCCUGCCUCAGUCAGUGCUUGUCGGAAAUGAAGUUGUGGAAAGUGUUCAGUGUUCGACGACAUCGCCGACUUCUAAAUCCAACAUGGUGAAAGGCUCACAAGUCGGUAUGAGUUCGGCCGAUGGUGUUUUUGAUGUUGCCUUCCUUCCACCACCGCCCGUUGAGAUUCAACCAGCAAUAGUUGCUGAUGAUCACCACUGGUUGAUUUGGACGAUUGCGGUGGUGCCUUAUAUGGAGAGGUUCAUUUCUGUAUAG